AAUCAAUGUUCUUCGCUUGAAGAUUCGACAGAAUAGCGAUGGAUGAAAGUGAAGCGCAAGGUUACGGGACGAUCCGGGCGACUCGCCGGGAUUCACGGAGGUUUCCCCUGAAAUACACAGGGACCCGAGGUUCGGUCCAGUGAGCCGGUACCCCACUGCAAGGAGCUGCCCCUGCCGAGCUACCUACGGUAUGUUGUGUACCCCACAGCGUAAGGUAUGUUUGCGUGGACGUCAUGGCAGACGGGCCCGAUCUACCCCACCUUGGUCUACUGGCUGCCGCUGCUGAUAAGGGACGGCAACCCCCCAUCCAACAUCUACAGUCUCCGUCGUCGUCUCCUAGGUACUCUCCAUCCUCGUCUUCUCCAACCAUAAUACCACCCACCACAACAACACACAAACCACCACCACCACCACCACCACCACCAUGUCCUCCUCCCACACCCACAGCACCCACCUCAACCCCGAAGCAACCCCCUUCCUCCCCGCCAUCACCUCCCUGCCCACCCUCCCCGACGCCGCCCUCAUCUCCACGCUCGACCUCCUCUUCGAGCCCUCCCCCGACCUACACGCCCUCGCCCUGCCCACCCUGCGCACCAUCUCCUUUUCCUCCUACGACGACCUCAUCUCCACCCUCCGCGACGAACUCCUCGCCAUCGCUGACGCCGUCGCCCUCGCCGCCGCUGAUCCUUCCGUCCCGCAGAUAGAAAAGGAAAAUAUCCAGCGGCCGUUGCAUGCGAUACUGGGUAGUCAUCCGAGACUGGGCGAGCCGAAGAAGGAGACACUGUCGGCGCAGAGUCAGAAAGAGCAGGCGCAUUUGAAUGAUUCGGAAGAGGUGAAGGCGGAGCUGAGGAGGUUGAAUAAGGAAUAUGAGGACACGUUUCCGGGGUUGAGGUAUGUGGUGUGGGUGAAUGGACGGGGGAGGGGGGAGGUGAUGGGGGAUAUGAGGAGGAGGAUUGCGAGGGGGGAUUUGAGGGCGGAGGAGAGGGAGGGGAUUGAGGCAAUGUGCGACAUUGCGGCCGACCGAGCGGCCAAGCUCCUCAAGUCUGCACAGGAGGCCGUCGAACAUGGUAGCGCUUAGAGAAACUGAGUACAUGGCCGUAUAGCUGUGGGGACUGCCAACUUUAUCCAAUUGUACGGUUGGUGCCAGACAAGGCAGGAGGAUCAAAUGCAGGUCGCUUGGGAUGUGACCUGCAUGCUGAGAAGGCUGUCACAUCUCAGCCACACCCGUCAACCGGCCGGCAACCCGUUUGUUGGACGAAUCU